AAAGGAGCUCACAGCCACACCAGAGACAAAAGAAAACAUUGUCAAGAUAUCAAUCAUCUCAGAAUCAUGAUUGCAAGAAUUAUUCUGCUGCUCUUUUCAGUCUUCAUGGCAAGUGGAGUUAUCAUUCCUGAACCUGACUGCUGUGAAGACAUUUUCGGUUGCACGAAGGAUUAUUAUCCUGUGUGUGGUACUGAUGGAGUCACCUACGGAAAUGAAUGCCGACUGUGUCUCCAAAGACAGAGGACAGGAGAGGACAUACAAAUAGCCUAUAGGGGUAAAUGCAGAGACGAACGUAAUCAGCUGCAGGUGGAAUGACAUACAACAGCUUUACUGUAAAUGAUGGUUAUUGACUGCAAAUCUACAAUAAAGCAUGAAUUAAAGUCAUUGCUCUUCAGUAUUAUGAUUUGACUCUUACUAAAGUUGUAUACAUAGCUGCCAUAUUAAGACAACAUACACAUUAUACUAAUAAAACUUUCCCCUACAUUUGUGUGUACUGUAUAUAUACUAUUAUAUCAGGGUCACUGGAUUAAAAUGUUUCUUAUGAUCUUAAAACAUCUGAGCCAAAAUGUU